AUGCACGCGCGAUCCCCCCGCAAGAACAUGCGUACGACUAGCCCCAAUCUUCGCAGCACACGCGUGACGACACUGCCAUCCGCAGUCCCUGCAGCGGGUCAUACCCUGGCGGUUGCGGCCGUUGCAGAGGUCGCAUUUGGCGGUGUGGGCGGUGAUGGUUUCGAAGGUGAUGGGGACUUCGACGGGGCCUCUGGUGCGGGAAUGCAGCCGGGCCAAAGCCGUGAGGCGAUCCAGUGGAGAAGCCCCAGGGCGGCCAUCUGCUGUCGUGGUGAGCGGGACACGGUUCCGUUGAUGGCGCCGGGGCUGGCCCCGGGGCUUCCGCUCUGA